AGUUUAAAACAGAAAGUAUAUGAAGGAGGAGUGUCUUGAGACAGAGAGAGAGUUUUGGUAGGUCUAUGAUUUGUUUGGUGAUCAGAGCCAAUCGAAAGCUUGCAGGGUGAUAAGAUUCACAUGCGAGUGGAGGGGUGAAGCCAGAAACAAGAGUUCAGAGAGAGAGAGAGAGAGAGAGAGAGAUUUAUAAAGUCCUCUAGAGAGAAAUGAAAGUGUCUGUGGAUCAGAAUCCUUCAGAAGGUCUCAGACGGGAGAGUGAAGGUCCAGUUUAAACUCAUCACUGUGGGCCAGUGACACAGAAUCCAGUCGGAGAGAAGAAUCCUGAGGAACGUCCGUCCAUGGGCAUCUCCAAAUCUUCACAUCUCCAUCACCUCUGACUAGAAACACACAUGUGCAGGAUGAGUCGUAAGGUCGCGCUGUGGUGGCUGCUGCUCGCCGCCGCCGGUGCGCUGUUCGGGGUCUCUGACAGCCGCAAGACUCGACCGCAGGGCUCCGUCCCGUCACCCUUCAAGAGCAACGCGAACACGUCAGACCGCCGCGGACGCAAGCAGGAGGUGCUCGCGUCCAGUCAGGAGGCGCUGGUGGUGACCGAGAGAAAGUACCUGAGGAGGGACUGGUGCAAGACGCAGCCGCUGCGGCAGACGGUCAGUCAGGAGGGCUGUAAGAGCCGGACGGUCAUCAACCGGUUCUGUUACGGCCAGUGUAACUCGUUCUACAUCCCGCGACACGUGAAGAAAGAGCAGGAGUCGUUUCAGUCGUGCGCGUUCUGCAGGCCGCAACGCUUCACCACGCUGACGGUGGAGCUCGACUGUCCGGACCUGCAGCCGCCGCUCCGUUACCGGAAGAUCCAGCGCGUGAAACAGUGCCGCUGCAUGUCGGUGAGCGUGGCGGACAAACGGUGAGGGACGCUGCGUCGUUGCGUCACUUUUUCAGACGCUGCUGGCUGACGCGUGACACCGAAGAGACGCUCGAGAGCGCGCACGUUUCAGUAAGUCAGUCAGUCAGUCAGCGAACAAAACUGACACUCAAACCCGCUGCUGCUGCUCGACUCUGACGUGUUUAAGAGAUUCUAUAGAAUUAUGGUAAUAAAUGUUUAUAUCUAGAGAAACAUUCAAGUAUUUCUAGUAGAACUUUGUUUUCCUAACAGAACACAAACACAUCGACAUGUUUGUCAAUCAACUCUUAAAGAGACAGUUCACCUUAAAACAAUAUUCUGUCGUCAUUUAAAGAGUUUAUGGGCAAAACUCAGUUUAAAGAAAUCAUGUUGAUGUUUUAUUGUGUUAGUGAUUCUGAGGUAUUAUUAUAUUGUCAAAGCAACCCAACGGCGGUUUGAUCGAUAUUACUUGUAAAAUAACAUUAAAAAACGUGAAACGUGUCAUAACUGAGUUUUUGCAAAUGAACACAUUUCCCCUCAAUCCUGUGUGAGAGUCUUGCUUCAGUGGACCACAAAAGAAGGUAUUUUGAGAAAUGUCUCAGUGGUUUUGUGUUCAUACAAUGGAAGUCAAUGGGGUUCAGUUUUUGAUUAUCGACAUUCCUCAAAAUAUCUUCUGUUGUGUUCCAAAGAAGGAAGUCCAAGAAAGUUUACGCUUUGAUUAAAUGAUGGAAGAAUUGUACCUUUAAAGAGGUCACGGAUGACACAAGAAUGUGUGCAUAAAUAUAAGAAUGCUCAUACUGUACAUGAGAUGAACACAAAAUAGCUGAAGUGAAACUUGUUCUAUAUAUUUUGUUCAUUUAUUUGUACAAUUAUUUUAGUAAAUGUUUUGAAGUCUCAUUGAGAGUUUACCGCUGUCAGCCGACUCACUUCUGUCGGUUCCACAUCCGUCUGCAGAUUAAAAACAG